AUGGUCCCCGCACCUCUAAGCAUCAUCAAGCGAUCCAAGGUUGAUGCUAGCCGCAAAGUGAAGGGUCCCGCCACCUUACGCUCUCGUGGGAACAAAAGGCCGACUGAACGCAGAGACAUCGAGCAUGCUAGAAGACAACAAACCAGGCUGCAUCUGGAUUCGCCUCCACUCCUCGGUCCUCUCUUCGACGAGAGCGCAUUUGGGACCCCUACGGUUCCCUUUCCACCCACUUUCGAGCCUCCUCAGCCCCUAUUCCCGUCACCGAAUUCAAUCGCUUACCUCGAGCACGAGCCUGAUAAGGGGACCGACCUCGACACUGAUGAUAUCUCCACGGCGAUUGAGGCUCCUUCUGGUGCUACUGAUGUUUCUCAGUGGGAUGAAGAAGAUCCCAUUGACUUCUUGCUCGGCCCCAUCGAUAAUACGCCGCCUCCCGUGCCACCACACAGGGUGCUCCUCCAGCCGCAACGCCCCUUGUUGAACCAAGGCGUUGUACUCGACUGGCCGAGAGACUCGGAAACUGCCAGCGGUAUCCAAGAUGCAAGCAGCCAUAGCGAGGUUGAUGCUCCUCGUCCCCGUCGUGUUCGAGACGUUGAUGCCAGUAGCAAUGGCGAAUCUGAUACCCCUUGCCCACUUCGUGCUCAAGACGUCGAUGCUCGCGUCAAUGCCGGCAUCGAUGCUCUGAUCUACCCGAUUGUGCAGCCCGAGAGCGACUUCGUGUAUUAUGAAGAUGACUCCCUUCACGAGGUCAUGACUGCUAUGAGCAGCUUCGGCUCCUAG